CAACUCGUUCCUUUCCAUUCUCUAUCUCCUCAUCACAUUCACAAGUUAUUCAAUAGAUCUUUAUUUCUCUCUUUAACUCUCCACCGUCUACCUCUAACAUCCUUCUCACCAUGAAGUUCUCUCUUGGUCCCAUCCUUCUCGGCCUCGCUACCAUUGCAGGCGUUACAGCCUCGCCUGUACCAUCCUCCGACAUUUCUCCAUCCAACGACGAUGUCAUCAACCCCCUUCCUGCCCUGGGCGUACCCGGGGAUCAUGAAAACGCCAACGCUGAGACAAACGAAGUUGCGAUCAUUCCUCGUGACUUGAGUGACGAAGCAGCUUCAGGCAUAUCUAAGAGAGCCAUCGACUCAUUUUUCAAGAUCCACGUUGUGAAUGGAGCUGGCAGAGUCCUGGGCAUCAUCGUCAUCGACUACGUGAUCAAUCAGCUCCCAGGCAACCAUGAGGGUAUCAACGCCUUCUUUGAUAAACUCACCAACGUCAAGACCAAUGGCCCCAUUGUCGCUACACACUUCGAGAAUGGCGCAAAUCCUUUCAAGACCGCACAGAAUGCAAUUUUUGACUUCAGCACUAAAGUAGUAUCUGGUGUCAUUGACCUAGGUCUGGAUGCUAGCGGUACUGCUGUGAGCGUUGUAAGCACUGCUGGUAUUGAACUGGGCAAUCUUGUUGUUGCAAAAGCCCUCCAUAUCUUCAACGACAAAAACCAGAAGAUUGGAAGCGUGUCUAUUUAA